AUAUUCACAUUACACAUUAUUAAUAUUAUUCACAUUAUUAUAUAUUUUAAUAUUCACAUUAUUUCACGUUUUUCAAAGGCUACAGUCCAAGUUUUUGACUUUGAGUUCACAUUUCCAGUAGGCAUUAUGUUGAAAUCAUUAAUAUUACUUAGAGGAAUUCACAUAUCCAGCACAAACUGGUCAUCUAGCAAAGCACAACUUUUAAAAUUAAGAAAAAAAACAGGAUAUCCGUUUGAAAGCUGCAAAAAGGCUUUACAAUUAAAUGAUAACAGUUUAGAAAAGUCAGAGGCAUGGUUAAAAGAAGAAGCUCAACGGCUUGGUUGGGCAAAAGCUAACAAACUUGCUAAUCGUGCCACUGCCCAAGGAGUUAUUGCGUUUGCAAUUGAUAGUCAAAAAGAAAUUGCUACUAUGGUGGAAGUGAACUGUGAAACUGAUUUUGUUGCUCGUAACAAAUGUUUUCAUUCUGUUGUAGAAGUAGUCACUUCAUCUUGUUUAGAUUUUGCUAAACAACAAAAAGCAUUAGAAAAUUCAUUUUCAAAGGUUAAUUUAAAAAGCGGUGAUUUGAUGGAGUUAAGCGGUGCUGAAGGUAAAUCACUGGCUGAUCAUGUUGCAGUUACAAUAGGUAAUCUUGGAGAAAAUGUUACUCUCAGACGUGCCACAUGUUUAAACACUAGAGACACUGGUUUGAAUAUUAUGGGCCUUACUCAUCCAGCUAAUAUAACUGGAUCUCAAUUUCUUUCUGGUAAAUACGGAUCACUUCUAAUUUACCGCAAACAACUAGAUAGUGAAAAAAUUAAUCAAAGGUCUAUGGAGAGUUCUUAUGAUGAAAUUCUUCGUCAAAUGUGUCAACAUGUUAUUGGUAUGAAUCCAAAAAAUGUUGGAGUUCUAAAUUUAAAAGAACCUAUAAAAUCCGAAGAAGUAGUGGCUGCUAAAACAUUAAAUGAAAAUGAUGAUUCGUCCAUGGAAAAUAUGGAUGAAAAAAGUUCAGAAUCUACUAUUGAAGAGGAUGGCAUGCUUGAACAAGCUUUUUUAUUGGACCCAUCUUUAACUGUAGGACAAGUAGCAACUGAUUAUGGUAUUGAUAUACUAGAUUUUGUGCGUUACGAAUGCGGUGAAACAUAAUUACUAUAUUUCUGUUAAUACUAAGUAAUUUAAAUUUAAUUUUUAAUGAUUAGGUUCAACUGCAUUUUAUUA